UUCAUUUCUAAAAUUAUUUGGUAUGAAUACAUAGGAUAGACCUUUUUAAUACAAAAAAUAAAAAAAAACCAGUAAAAACUGCAAUUUAAAAUAACUAAAAUUUGGUUAACAUUAUAUAAUUUGGAACCACCUAAAAAACUCAUCGACUCACUCGAUGGAUCUUAAAUCGAAGCAUACAUUCGAUGACAUUAUGGAGAAACUAACGAAGGAACAGAUGGCCGAAUACACAAAGAGUUUCGGUCUUUUGAUCAAGAAUGAGAACGGAGUGGUCACAAUUGACGAACUACGCGUAAUGGUCAAAAUUUUAGGCGAGAAUCCGUCGGAAUCUGAGCUCGAGGAGACAUUUAAAGCCUCAGAUAUUGAUGGGAAUGGCAAAAUCGACUUCAAAGAGUUCUGCUUCGUUAUGGACAGGUUCGAGAGAGAAGAGAAGCGCCAGCUUUGCGAGGCUUUCAAGAUGUUCGACCAGGAUGGCGAUGGUUACAUAGGCGGAGAGGAUCUGGUCAAUGUGUGGAAGAGCAUGAACAUCCAACCCAAGAAUGUGCUUAUCGAAAGAAUGCUAAAAGCCGGCGACAUCGAUGGCGAUGGCAAGAUCAGUUGUGCCGAGUUUGUGGCCAUGAUGCUGAAGCCGUUUGUUCAGAAGUUUCAGGAGAGAGAAACAUCCGCAUAGUCUUACAAAAUCUCUUUGCCCCAAAAUUCAAAAUGAAAUGGAAUUGAAAAACAAUAUGAAAUAAACAUAAAUAAAAAUUUGAAGUGAUCGUUUGUUA